UUCCUUUUUCAAUCUGUUGAUCCCUACUAGUUCCGAGAACACCGAGAAACUCCAGUUUUCGAUUUGUGAAUGCAGUGGACAUGGCCAAUGGCGAGAGGUUUGCGAUAACAAGGAAGAACGCUAUUGUGGCGGCAGGUCUAGGACUGUUCAUCGUGAUAGCCUCCAGACGUGAGCGCAUUCUCAGUUACCUCAAGCGCCUUAGGGAUCCACUCGGCCAUAGGCGGAUUGAAAUCGUUCAAACGGUCGAUGACUGUCACAGGAUUGUGGGCGAAUUAAAGAAGGAUUGUCACUCGUUCAAGGUCUUAGGAUUUGACUGCGAAUGGGUGACUGUAGGUGGCACCAGGCGCCCGGCGGCUUUGUUACAACUGUCAUCGGAAAAGGGACUAUGUGCUUUAUUCAGACUAUGUUGCAUGAAGCAGAUACCUAAGAGUCUGCGAGAAUUAUUGGAAGAUGACGAAGUGCUUAAAGUAGGGGUCGAUCCUCAUGGAGAUGCAAAGAAGUUGUGUCAUGACUACGGUGUGGGAGUGGCAAGCACUUUCGACCUACGUUUUUUAGCUGCUAUGACAGGACGAAAACCAGCUGGUUUGGCCAAUUUGUCUAAAUCGGUAUUGAAUGUGGAGUUGGACAAACACUGGCGGUUGGUAUGUUCAGAUUGGGAAGCAACAGAGCUUAGUCCAAAACAAUUGAACUAUGCUGCUAACGAUGCCUUGGUAGCGGUCGAAAUAUUCAAGAAGUUAACGAAGGAGCUCCUGCCAAAACAUUUUUGGCAGCUGUACAAAAUUGAUUUUGAAACUAUUCGCUCAAGACUUGAUCCAUUCUUAGAGGCAUCCUUCAAGGAAGGAUACUUUAAUCCAAGCACCAAAUUCAAUGCUAACAAGGUAAGAAAGCUUGCCCAAAAUAGCCAAAAGCGGACUGAAUCCGAUGUGAAAAAGAUGCAGCUAAGAAAAUAUACGACUUCAAGCAGAUCUAAAGUUUUAUAUGACAAUUGCCUACUGGAAGCGCCGGAUGGAGAGCUACUGUGUACCAUCGACAAACGAAAAGCCCAGUGGUACGUAGAAAGAAAUCUGGGAUCGGAGGUGAAUUCUGACCCGUUCACUGUGCGGCUCAACUUUGAGCCAGCUGGACGCGCAGAAGGUGAUGUUGGCAAAUACUACCAAACUCCAAAAGAAAACCAAUGUGUGGUAUGUGGUCACAGGGAUGCCUAUAUCCGGAAAAAUGUUGUUCCUCGUGAAUACCGCAAACAUUUUCCAGUCGUCAUGAAAACGCACACUUCUCACGAUGUGCUUCUAUUGUGCCAUGCCUGUCACCAAAUAAGUAACAUAUCUGAUUUGAAGAUCCGACACAAACUCAGUACAAUGUGCGAUGCUCCGUUUACCCAGGAUGAUUGCUCCAUCAAAUUCAAAGAAAUACCAGAAUUAAAAAAAGUGAAAUCAGCCGCCCGCGCUCUGCUAAAUCAUGGUGACAAAAUACAUGAAGCUAGGCGCAAGGAACUGACAAAUAUAUUACUCGACUACUACAAAAACGAGUCGGAAAUAAACGUCGAACUGUUGCAGUCCGCAUCCGAAAUGAAUACAAAAGAAAAUAAUGAAAACUACUGCCAUCAUGGAGAGAAAGUCGUUCAAAUGUUCCAGGAGAAGUUGGGCGGUUUGAUCGAAUUGGAAAAGAUAUGGCGAGUCCACUUUCUUAACACAAUGAAGCCUAGAUUCUUGCCUUUGCAUUGGGAUGUGAAUCACAAUGCGAACAGAUUAGAGAUUCGAGCUAACGAAGGUCGUGUUGAAGAGGCGGAUUUAAAAAUUGCUGGUCUAUUGACUGAUGGAAGCAGAAAAGUAGAUAACACUGGCAAUCAUGAAAAUAAAUCAAGAAUAACAUAGCACAAAAUAAAUUCGUUAAUAAACAUCAACAAAUAA